GCUCCUGCUGGGGGCUUGCUGUCAAGAAAGAGUGGCUUUAUGCUUUUGCACUUUGAAGGUGUGAUUUAGGCGGCUGCAACCUCAGGAACUACCAGUAAUUACUCUGUGCUUUUAUUCACACAAUAUAUUCACGCAGGCAGUCGUGAUCUCAUUGAAUGCAUACGUUCACGGGUUACAGCAAUAACACCCGAGUGUUUGUUGUAUUCCAGGCAGCGUUCUAAGACCUGUGCCUAGAUUUCCUCUUUUAACCCUCACUGCAAUCCCAUGACACAGAGGAGAAUGCGAAUAAAAACAUGCAGGAAGCCCAGGAAAUGCACAUCUCCAACCACUUAGAUGAGGUCGUUGCUGCCGUCAGCAUCGCACCUGGAAAGAAAGUCCCCAGCAAGCUGCCUCAGACGCUGCUCUUCCAGCCCCCGCGAGAGAAACUCCACCUCUGCGAAGAGAAAGCCAAGUCCUAUUCCAGCAGGCUCGAGUACAAGCAGGCGAUCCCGGAGCUCGUGCGCUGCGUGGCGUUGACACGGAUCUGCUACGGUGACUGCCACUGGAAACUGGCGGAGGCUUACGUCAACCUGGCUCAAGGCUACCUCCGGCUGAAAGGACUGGCACGCCAGGCCAAACAACACGCAGAGAAAGCCAAAGAAGUCCUCGCCGACUCCAUCGUGCCUCCCGGCAACGACAAUACUGAUGUUUUCCGCUGUUCCAUCGAGCUCUUCCACACCAUGGGGAGAGCCUUACUCUCCCUUCAAAAAUUUAAGGAAGCUGCAGAGAACUUGACGAAAGCAGCGAGGCUUUCGAAGGAGCUGCUGCAAUGCGGGAGGAUUGUCGAGGAAGAAUGGAUGGAGAUUCAAGCACAGGUCAAGCUGUCGUUUGCACAGUUGUAUCAAAGUCAGAAGAGAUCAAAAGAAGCUCUGCCCCACUACCAAGAGGCCUUAGAAUAUACUGAGAUCAGCAAAGGGGACAACAGUCCUGAGUGCGUGCCAAUCCUGAGGGAGCUGGCAGGUGCAGAGCAGGCCCUGAAGCAGCAUGACACGGCCAUCAACCACCUCUUGCAGGCGCACCGCAUCGUCCUGAGUGGGGAGCCAUCCGAAGAGGAAGCAGCCGUGUCCGCGCACUGGGUCGCCCGCGCUGCCCUCGCUUCUGGGAGGCUGGAGUACCACGAUGUGGCGGAGCAGUACUUCCAAGAGAGCCUGGACAAGCUUAAGGAUGCCGAGGGGACGGGGAAAGCCAAGUUUCUCUCCGUUCAAGAUGAAUAUUGCCAUUUUCUCCAAGUCAGUGGGCAAGAAGAGAGAGCAGCCUCGAUCCUGAGAGAGUCCCUGGAGGCCAAGGUGGGGGUGUUCGGCCACCUCAGUCCCGAGGUGGCAGAGACCUACCGGCUCCUGGGCGAGGCCCAUCUGGCACAGGGGAACCUCGGCGCGGCCCACAGGAAACUGAGCAAGUGUCUUCAGAUCCAGACCCUCUUAUACGGAGCGCAGGACAAGAGGACCCUGGCCACGCAGCAGUCCAUGGACGUCUUGUCCAAGGCCCCGGAUGUGGCUGGGAAGCUGCGGCAGGCCCUGCGAGCCAGACCAGCCUUCUGCACGGGAGUGGCCCCGCCCUCCACACUGGGGAAGGCGAGGCCCCUAGCAGUGGACUGAGACCCCGCCUCCCCGCGGCCAGAGCUGCGGUUGCUACUGGGUGCAGGACACACGUGUCUCCGGCAGGAAGAGGGAGUCCUCCGCCAUCCGCCGUGCGGAUUUCCCAGACUGGCUGUGUGGUACCUUGGAUGUCCCCCUCUCCCCUGCCCUGGGGAGGGGGGACGGGCAAGAAUGGACAGCCGCUGACCUCUCAGGGUGAGCUGGUGCUUCUGUAAAGCAUUUUU